AAUGGAGAGGAGAGAAGAGAAGUCCGGUCGAUCGAGUUUGGCGAUGGCGCGCCUCCCUCUUUUUUCGAAUCGUUUUCGCGGGUAUGCGGCUCAUGCGCGCCGCGUCACCGCGUCGAAGCUGGCGUCGGGGACUGUGAAUGGGACGACGACGCCGACGGCGACGACGCUCGACGUACGAGGGAAAGAGGACGAGCAGAGAGAAGUCAGUCUGGCCGCGCGCGCCUACGAUCACUGUCGACCGCCGGUCUCACGUCGUUCUCCUCGCGCCGGCGGGACGGUCGUUCGAAUCGCCAAUCUCGUUCUCCGUUAUUACACCCAUCGUUCUCCAUCCUUCGACACCUCCGUCGAACGCCUCCAAAAUUAUUUCUCCUUCGUUUCCUAUAUUUUGCUUGCGAUGAAAAUCGUUCGAUAAAAAUUGGAAAUCGUUGGAAUCGGGAUAAAGAUCCAGUUUGGAACAAAAUUGAACGAAUCUGAUAUCGAAGAAGUUUGAAAGUGUAAUACCCGCGUUCCAUCGCGUUGUUGUUUAAUUUCUUUCUUUUUUUUUUCUUUUUUUCUCGGCGAGAGGAGUUUUGUUUACGAAUGUAGACGAAUGUGAAUGAAUUUGUGCGGGGUAUGCAGAAAGGGGAAAUAGCUGUAAUUGUGCGUGCUUUUCAUUUCUUUGAUUUACCGCCACGAUUACGGGCCGCAUUCUUGCACGCUCGCUCACGUGGACCACGCGACGGCCGCGAAUUUAAAUUACGAGCUUCUAGUUUUCUGCCACGCGGAAUGCUUUAAUUCCUUCCGCGGCCCGCCUCUUAUCGAGAUCGACGCGUUUGCCACCGUGGUGCGCUAUAUAUAUCUGUUUAACCGGGGAAUGAUAUCGCAAGCGUGCGCGUAAUCUCGGCGGUGUUCGAGAGGAUCCCAGCAUUUUUCGGGGAAAGUAUUGGUUGCACGAAAAUACGAGGACGAGAGGUUCCGCGACUGGGCAUGCAACUGGCAAGCGUGGAGAGGGCUUGUCUGUUACUAACGGCGAUCCACAUUUUGCUCGAUAAGGGCGUCUACGCCGAGACAUUCACCCUCGGCUACAUCACCGGCUCGAAAAGGCGUCCAGGGGACUUUGAGUAUCAGCGUCCUGGUUACCGGAUAUCCGGCGCCAUAUCGCUCGCCGUGAAGGAGGUGAACGCGGGUGAGCUCGGUCGACGUGGGCACAAGCUCGACUUCCUCGUCGCGGAAACUUAUGGCGAGGAGGAGACCAGCAUCCUGAUGACCGCCGACCUUUGGACGAGGAAUAUCAGCGCCUACAUAGGGCCGCAGGAAACCUGCAUCCACGAGGGAAGAAUGGCCGCUGCGUUCAACCUUCCAAUGAUAUCUUACUUUUGCACCCAUCGAGAGUCCUCCAACAAGAAGGAGUUCCCUACGUUCGCCAGAACGAGGCCGCCCGAUACCCAAAUCUCUAAAUCCGUGGUCUCCGUGUUGAUGGCCUUCAACUGGACCAAAGUGACGUUCAUGUACAUGAACUCGACCCUGUUCGAAUUCAACAAAAUGUCAACGAUCGCCGAGACUAUAUUGGCAUCGUUCGAGGCGGCCGGUGUGACAGUGAACUUUAUUCGCUGUUGGGAAGAGCCAUACCACGUCACGCACAUGACCAAUCCGUUCCACAAAUACGUCACCGAGACUUAUAGGGAAACUCGAAUUUACGUGAUUCUAGGCAAUUACUACGAGCAUAUGGGGCUGUUAAUGGCGUUGGAUGAGAAGAAGCUAUUGGAAAAAGGUGAGUACUGGGUGGUCGGCGUCGAUAUCGAGCAAUACGAUGAGAAACGGCCGGACAAGUACUUCCGUGGUUUAUGGCAGAGGAAGACAAACUACUCGAUCCUGAAGGCGUAUCGUAGCUAUUUCAGCGUGGUUGCAUCCGCGCCCAUUUAUUCCACCAACUUCACGCGCAUGGUGAACUUGUACAGGCAGAAGCCGCCCUUCAACUUCUCCAAUCCCCUCGCCAACAUGGGUGGGAUCAUUCAGAUCGUGCCGGAGACGGCGUAUCUGUACGACGCGGUGCACCUCUACGAGAGAUCGUUGCUAAAAGCCCUGGACGAGGAUCGGGACCCGAGAAAUGGCCGAGAAAUGGUGGCGACUCUUUACGGCGUUCAUUAUCGGAGCGCCAUGGGAUAUAUGGUAUACAUGGACGAAAACGGUGACGCUGAAGGCAAUUACACUCUGAUUGCGCUGGACAAUCGGCCGACAAAGGGACACGGUUUAUACCCCAUAGCUUACUUUGUGGGAAAAGAGAACGGCACGAAUCUGCCGAUACUUCGAUUGACGAGGGAUAUUUCGUGGAUCGGUGACGGGCCGCCGAUCGCCGAGCCUCAUUGCGGUUACCACGGUGAAAAAUGCACGUCUCACACGGGAGAGAUCGUGGGUGGAAUAGCAGGUGGAUUUCUGUUGAUCAUGGCUGCUGUGGCCCUAGUGCUGUACAGGAACUGGAGGUACGAGCAGGAACUGGAUUCCCUACUGUGGAAGGUGAACUACAAAGACAUUCAGAUCAAGGAGCAGAAAGACGAGUCGUCCGGAAUGAACGAGGCGCCUACCAAAUGCAAUUCUAAGACAACGACCCAGCCCAUAGUAAGAACCAGCCAAGUAUCCCUAAGCUCGAAUCCCGACGCCGAUUUUCGUUAUUCGAUGAUUUACACGCAAAUAGGCGUGUACAAAGGGCGGAUAUUCGCCGUGAAGAAGGUUCGGAAGAAAUCGAUCGAGAUCACGCGGGAGAUGAAGAAGGAGCUGAAAGUGAUGCGUGACUUGCGACACGAUAAUUUGAACGCUUUCAUCGGGGCGUGCACCGACCCGCCAAACAUAUGCAUCGUCGUCGAGUAUUGCGCCCGUGGAAGUCUCAAGGAUAUCUUGGAGAACGAGGACAUGAAGCUGGAUAAUAUGUUCAUGGCGUCCUUGGUCGGAGAUAUAAUCAGAGGCAUGAUCUAUCUGCACGAUUCCGUCAUAAAAUAUCACGGCUCGCUGAGUACGUCCAACUGUUUGGUGGACUCUCGAUGGGUCGUAAAACUGGCAGACUUUGGGUUGCACGAGUUCAAAAAGAACGCCGAGUGCGAACCGUGCGACGUUAUAAAGAAGUAUCACGGUUUGUUGUAUCGAGCGCCUGAAUUGCUACGAUCGACGAAGAGUCAAGAGCCGAUAGCGCGCGAUUAUCAAAGAGGGGACGUUUACUCUUUCGCGAUAGUGUUGUACGAGCUUCAAGGGAGGCACGGUCCGUUCGGGAUCACGGAAUUAUCCGAUUCGGAGAUAUUGAAGAAGGUGAUCGGCCGGGAAACGGACACGGAACCGUUCAGACCACCGUUGAACCAGUUGGAGAACUGUUUCCAUUUCGUGCGCGAUUGUCUGAUAGAGUGCUGGGCCGAGGAUCCCGAGGCCCGACCAGACUUCAAGAUCGUAAGGAACAAGCUGAGACCUCUGAGGAAGGGCAUGAAGCCAAACAUAUUUGACAACAUGAUGGCCAUGAUGGAGAAAUACGCGAAUAAUCUGGAAGCCCUCGUGGACGAGCGAACGGAUCAAUUGACGGAAGAGAAGAAGAAAACAGACGCCCUGCUGUACGAAAUGUUGCCGCGUUACGUGGCGGAGCAAUUGAAACGGGGGCACAAAGUGGAGGCGGAAAGCUUCGACAGCGUCACCAUUUAUUUCAGCGACAUCGUAGGAUUCACCGCCAUGUCCGCCGAAAGCACGCCUCUACAGGUGGUAGACUUUCUGAACGAUUUGUACACCUGCUUCGAUUCGACGAUAGAAAAUUACGACGUGUACAAAGUGGAGACGAUCGGGGACGCUUACAUGGUGGUAAGCGGGCUGCCUAUUCGAAACGGUAUUCAGCACGCGGGAGAAAUUGCCAGCAUGUCCUUGUGCCUCCUAGACGCCAUUAAACAAUUCACCAUUCGGCACAGGCCCCUGGAUAAAUUGCAACUUCGAAUCGGUAUACAUUCAGGACCAGUGUGCGCCGGCGUGGUAGGCCUAAAAAUGCCGCGCUACUGCCUGUUCGGCGAUACCGUGAACACGGCCAGUCGCAUGGAAUCCACCGGCUCCCCUUUAAAGAUACACUGCAGCGGGGAGACGAAGGGGCUGCUGGAUCAACUAGGCGGUUUCAAGAUAGUGGAAAGGGGCCUGGUCUCCAUGAAGGGCAAAGGCGAGCGUCUCACGUACUGGCUGAUCGGCGAGGACGCGGUCCUCAGGGAGGAGAGGAGCAGGGAACGGGAGAAUCGAAGGAACGGUCACGCGAGGAGGAAUCCUUUGAUACCGCGAAGCUCCCUCAAGAACAAGUCGUUGGUACGGUCGACGUUCAUGAGGUGUUCGAGCGAGUCGCCCAAGAGAUUGCGCUUCGCCAGCUCGGACCAACUGAAUCAGAAAUGCUCGCGCGCGAACAGCCAAUUGGAAUCGAUAAUCGACAAUAGCCCGUGCAAGCCGAAAAUGUGCCGCGCCGCGGCCGGGGCGGAUUCGUGCGCCGUCGUGGAUAACUGGAGGUCGUCGAGCAACUCGUGCCCCUGCGUGGAGAAGCUGGGGGUGCAGGAAAGCACGCGGAUCGACGCGAAAGAACUGGGACGGCACCGAUCCCACGCGGAUUCGAAGGGCUUCCAGGCGUUGAGGCAUCUCAACUGGACGAUCGGCAACGAGGCUUGCCUCUCUUGCGAAGGAGGGGCGAAGAACUCGCGGUUCGGCUCGGCGGGGAUCGUGCAGACGAGCUGCAGAUCGGCGCCCAGCAGCCCGAGGCACAGCACUCUCAUCUUGAAUUGUCAGAGGCGAGCCGCGCAGUCGAACGAGGAGAUGGACGGAUGGGAUGCAACCACCCCGUUGAUUUAUCACCCGGGAGGACGAUUGGAUUAAGGGGGGAGUUCCUCGGGAAUUGGUGUGUUGUUACACGUAGAUGCGAUAGAUGUUGGAACUUGUUCGUAUCGGGGGCGAGAAAAGAUGGAAGAGUGAUCGGGUAAAUUGUCAAUUUUCCAAUUGCGAUUGCUUUUUUUUUCGACCUCGAUAAUUUCGAGAACUUGGAUUGAAAUUUUUCCCGAUUAACUGGGUCGAGUUUUCCCUCCCUUAAUCGAUGACGGACAAUCGAUCGUUUCUUUUUUCUCUUCUAUCCGCGCUACGUAAUUAAAUUCGAUCGAUUUGAUCGAGAUUGUAUCGGGACAAGCGGAGUUUUAGUCAAUUAAAGAACGGAUCGGUUGUUGGCGCGCGUAUCGAAUAUGAUUCUCCCCUCGCUCUCGGUACACGACGUACCAAAGCGCACCGUACGUACAAACGAGAUACCUAACAGAUGUAUUUAUACAUUAUUUAUAACACACGUAACUCGUGCACGGAAAUCAGCGCGCCAAUGUAACGGUAUAUUCCACGCAUUAGCUUAGACAAUCAAGAAGGCUCGUGCUUUUUAUUCUACGUAAGUGUCUCUAGUCAAUUUACUUUAAUUUUUACGCAUACGUUAUGUUGUUCCAACGCGAUGAAAUAUUCGGGAUGAAAUAUUACUCUGCUCGAAAUAGAACGGCCCGGAUGGAACGAACGGAAAUGGGACGAAUAUUUUAUAUUAGGUCCUAUUCUGUAAUCAACAGUUGCGUUAACUGAUAUUCUUUACUGCCGGCACGUAGUACUUAUAAGGCAAUUAUUUAUAGAGUAAUAUAUACGUACGACACCAUAAACGUAUCGUCACGAAAAUUUUUCUCGAUAACGCGUCUAAUUAAGAAACCGAUGUAUCGUAAGCGUGAUGCGAGCAUAUGUGUAUAAGUUUAUUAUCCUUCUCUUCUAAUAAAGAAAUCGAUUUAAUAAAACGCGAGAUCCGAUCAGACUCGAGUCGAGAAAUUAAAUUAAAAUACACGAAUUUUCUGCGGAAAAGAUAUCGAGAAAACGUAAAGAUAAUCCGAGAUAAUUUCGCGAGGUCUUUUGUUGUACGCGGAGUCGGCAUCGCACGAGCACGAUACGUGACGGAAUGGCGGCGAUAACGCGCCAAGAUCCAUUAAAAAAUUAUUAGCAUCGAGGAAAUUAAUUGUACGCGAGGCCGCAUUGAUUGCAUUCCUUCGUCGUGAAAAAUUGGAGAAAAGUCGAUGGAAGUCGAGAAGUCUAAACUAGCUACCAACGUUCAUGCACAUCCACUCGAAUGAAAGAAACGAAUAACCGAUGCUCGCUCGGAAUCGCAUCAGUGACCGUUUUACCGAGGGAGAAGGUUCGCAGGCGCGUUACGAAAGUCGUGGCGGCGCCGAUGAAAGCCCGGUUGCAGCCUUCCAGGCACGUUUUUUACUUGGCGCACGGAAACGAUUCACGAGAAGACGAAAGAUUUAUCAGGAUCGAGAAGCGAGCAACGUUUCGACAAACGUGCGUCCGUUUUGCAACGCGAGUUGACAGAUUGGCGUUGGAAAGUUGGCGUGUUCAAGGUGGGAAAAGGGGAGUCAGCAGUUUGAAUAUGCAUACCGGUGACGUUCCAUUCCCUUUUUAAAUAUCUAAUGGUACUGUUACGUUUAUUUAUAUAUAUAUAUAUGUAUAUAUACGAGCAAACUGGUCGCGAUCUGUCGUGCCUCCCGAUCACGAAAACUAUAACUAAACCCGUUAGUGGUUGGACGGCUAACUCUUCAUUACUUUAAUUUGCACGUCUCGUUACGUGCGUCUUCGUAACACGUGAUCGGUACGGUGCGCCGCGGUUCAGACUCUGCUUAAGUGCGAAACGGUCGUGCAAACAUCAGAAUGACUUCUGAAUUUAUUGCGCAAUUUACUAUUCGGUGUGUUUCGCAACUGCUGGAUGCGAGAGCGAAUGAACCAACGGAAAACGAUUCUUCUUCUCCUUUUUUUUCCUUUCUCCUCUUCGACCUCUUCUUUCCCUCUUUGAGACCGACCAGCCGCAUCCCUCCAAAGGGCAACACGCCUUCCUUCCUCGAUAAUCGAACAAUUCGAAUUCGAGGUAAAAUUUUCGAAUGGGAUCGUUUUUCACGAAACGAUUGGACGCAAGAAUCGCACACCCUGUAUAACGAGGCGACUCUUAUAUACAGAAUGGGGUACCAUCUUUAUUUACGGUGAAGUGGUUGUCGGCCAACUUAGAGGAGCGGCCAUCAUUCAAUCAAGCCGGACAAUUUAAACAGCCUGAUUCACGCAGCGAAAUCAUUUAAUAUUUGACGUCAAGCACGAUUAUCGUAUAACGGUGCGUAAUGGCCGAUUGUUUAUACAGGUUGCAAGCGGCGCCGUAAUUUUCAAAUGGUUGUAUCUGCCUCCCUGAGAACGAGAUGUUGUUGAACGUUUGCCGGAGCGAUGUUGCAAAAUGAUCCGUGAUUAGCGGACGAGUUACUCUUCUUCGUUCACCGUUAAUAACCAAAGUUGGAUCGAAAAAUAAAAAGAAUUGCUCCCCCCCUCCUUUCCAUCGUCUCCUUAUUUCGACGUCUCGCUCGAUUUCACGCGAAUCUCACCCGUACACGUCGCGAAUUUUCGAUCGUUCUGUUUACCCUAUCCGAAUAUCUCUUAGUAUUCGCUCGAUAUUAAUCGCCUCGGCGACACGUUGUAUUAUUUCGACUUCACGCUCGAACGCGGCCGUUAGAGCGAACACUUUUAUUAAUGCUCUUUCUCUCUCUCUCUCUCUCUCUUCUGCCAGCCGCGCGUCUAUUUAUAGUCUCGCGGAAUUAUCUUCAUCCGCCGUAGAACAAUACGUUCGGGGCGGAUAAAAAUUUCGAUAGGAGAAUGUUAAUCUACGCGGUUCAUCGUUGUCGUCGGUCUCGAAUGAAAAAGGAGCGGCUCGAUUACCGGCAAUUAGAUCAUCGUCGUUGCGCAUAGACGAAGUCGAGGAGGGGAAGAGAAAGAGAGAAAGAAUUUGCGAUACGCAAUAAUUGUAGAUGAAGAGUCGGUUAAGGAAAGAUUAAAAUUAAUUCCGGCAAAAUUUCAAUCAAUUUUUACUAAUCUUGCGAGAUAAAGUUUGAAACGGUUUAUCCCCUUCUUUCUCGAUCGAUCGGAACCACGGCAUCUCCUCUUUGCAACGCAUCGCACCUGCGCCACGCAACGACCUGUUGUUCGCGCACAACACGCGGUUACUUUACAUAAGAUAUGCGCAAGCUUAGGCCGAGCUGAAAAUAAACUUGCCGCGAUUCGACACGUUCGACACGUUCGUCUAACGCUCUCGUUGUCAUUUAACCUGAUUUCCAUCGGCACGAUUCGCGGGGCCUCGAACCGCCUCGCGUGCCUUUUCUUCGCGAUAAAUCUCUUUCCUCCUUGAUCGCCAAAGUUAUUCGAGAGAAAUCUAUCUCAGAGAUCUUCUCCGCCGGAUUGAAACGAAAUCGCGUCGUUUCAUCGACGACGACCAAUGGAAACAUCGUGACUUACGCAUCAUCGUGUAUCUAUUUAAUGAACGCUCUCGUUACGACUCGAGUUGUUCAACAUUCUAAGAGAUGUUGUUAUACGUGUAUAAUUAAGAGAAAAAUAUAUAUACGUGGAAGAUA